UUCGAAUCGGCAUAGCGUAUUACAUUACAGUAGCCAUAAGCUUCCUCUUCACAGAUUCACUCAUCUCAUCAUUUUUAUUCGAUAUCUCAUUAAUUCUACUCAUCAUCAUCCUUCUUUCAAAAACCCUAAAAAAUGUCGGGCGGGUUUUUCCGGGGGACUUCUGCUGACCAAGACACUCGGUUUUCGAACAAGCAUGCCAAGCUAUUGAAAUCGCAGAAAUUUGCUGCUGAAUUAGAGCAUCUGGUGGAUACGAGGAAAGUGAAGAUGGAUGUAAUUAGACCAUGGAUUGCGAGUCGGGUGACCGAGCUUCUCGGAUUUGAAGACGAAGUUCUUAUCAACUUUAUUUAUGGUCUUCUCGAAGCUAAGGAAGUGAAUGGGAAGGAGAUUCAAAUACAACUUACAGGAUUUAUGGAGAAAAACACUGUAAGGUUUAUGAGAGAGCUUUGGUCACAUCUUCUCAGCGCACAGAAGAAUGAAAGUGGUGUUCCUCAGAAAUUCUUGGAUGACAAAGAAGAGGAAACUCGGAAGAAGCAGGCAGAGAUGGAUAGGAUAACAAAUGAAAUUCAGAAGAAGAAAGAGAAAGAGAGCAAAGAACUGGAAUUAGAGAGAUCAAAGAAGAUGGACGGUGGGGCUGAAACAAAGGCUAAUGUUGCUGAUAUGGAACUAGACUCGAAGAAUUUGCUUAAGGGUUCAAGGGGUGAUUCUGACGAUGGAAAAGCAAUGAACAAUAGGAAUGGCAUAAGAGGAAGAGUCAGAGGCUCACCUCGGAACAGGAGGUCAUCUUCAAAUUCUAGAAGUCAUUCAGGACACAGGUCAAGGAGUUUGUCCAGAUCACCAAAAGCACGUCGUCGAUCCAUUUCUUCUGAAGGAGAUUACGGCUCUCCAAGAAAAAGGUCAAUUUCACCUCGUCGAAGGUAUAUUUCUCGAGGAUCUCGUUCUCCUGCAAGGAGGAUAUCAUUGUACUCUAGGCAAAUAUCUAGAUCGCCUUUACGCCGUAGAUCACCUUCUCCAGUACGGCAUAGAUUGCGAUCUCCAUAUCGGCGCAGAUCACCUUCACCUUUUCGUCGUAGGUCCCCUUCUCCUGUACGGCGACGGAGAUCACCUUCGCCCCUUCGGCGCCGUAGAUCUCCUCCUACCACUAGACGCCGUAGAUCUCCUUCGCCUCUUCGACGACGGAGAUCACCUUCGCCUUUUCGACGGCGGAGAUCACCUUCGCCCCUUGAACACAGAUCACCAUCACCUGUGCGGCGUAGGUCUCCCUUGCCUGUACGACGUAAGUCUCUCUCUCCCACUUCUCCUGUGCGGCGCAGAUCUCCCUCUCUUGCUUCUCCGGUGCAGCGCAGAUCCCCCUCUCCUGCUUCUCCGGUGCGGCGCAGAUCACCCUCUCCUGCUUCUCCAGUGCGGCGCAGAUCAUCCCCUCCUUUGCGACGUAGAUCACCGCCUCGUAGAUCACCUCCUCGUAGAUCGCCCCCUCGUAGAUCACCCUCUCCUUUAUGCCGGAGGUAUCCAAGAUCACCAUCAACUCCUCUCCAUCGAUCCCCAUCUCCAAGACACAGGUCUUCGUAUCCCACCCGCAUGAGAUCACCAGUUCCUUCUUCUAGGAGGCCUCCUUCACCUCAUGGAUCGAGUUCGCCUUCUCCUGUCCACCAUAAGAGCCCUUCACCUGGAAGGAAAUAUAUGAAGGAACGUCGCUCACCUGUGCAAUCUCUUGAAGAAAGACCUAGCAUGAGGGAAAAGGUGCUGCGCAGACCCUCUAGUUCCUUAAGGUCACCGAAAAGAGAUGCAAGAGAUAAGAAGGAUUUGCAUGAUAAAUUGUCAUCCUUAUCGCCUUCACCAGAGGGAUCUAAUGUUCAGUCAGAAUUUCCACCACGUGCAAGAGUGAGGAAUUCUAGUGAGGACAAAAGGUCUGUUAGUCCAUAUGAGAGUCCUCUGAAGCAACAAAGAGGGAGAAGAAAUAGGUCUGUUAGUCCAUAUGAGAGUCCUCUGAAGCAACAAAGAGGGAGAAGAAAUAGGUCUUCUGAUUCGUCUAGGAGCCCCAUGAGGCAAAGAAGGGGCCAGAUUGCACAUGAUAACAGCUUAAACCAUGGACAGAAGCUAAGAGAACAGAAGCUUACUAGGGAAACUCCAGAAUCUGGUCAAGAGGAUGAAGAAACUGAACAUGCUCGGGACUACAAAUCCAGAUCUUUACAGAAGCAAUCUGUGCAUUCAUCUACCUUGGAUAAGCAGAAAGAUUCUCAUGUCAGGCCCCAUUCCAAGGAUAACAACACUUCUGAAAGAGUGCGAGGUCGUGAGACUACUGAAUCUCGUAGUCAUAUAGAUAACGUUGAAUUACGGACUGGAGACGAGAAACCAAAAAGUGAGAAGAGUUCUGGAAAGGGGGCUUUCUCUGGCAUUAUUGAGGGGCAUAAGUCUCCAGUAUCACUGCUGGAGAAACAAGAAAUUUCUCGUGGCGGAGAAGGUCAAAGAUCUGGUGAGAAGAACCGUUCACAUCCAAACAAUGUCAAGGAUGACAGAUCUUAUAGACCAGAAACUAAGCACGCAAUGAUGGUUGAAAAACUUGACCAAGGUAAUGGUGGUGGUGCAUUUGAUUCGGGGUCUGAGGAAAAUGGCAAGCGCAGAGCCGACAAUAAGGAAAGAGGAAAGCAUAAAAGAUCUCAUAGGGAAGAAGUGACUUCGGAUGGUGAUUACAGUUGUGAUUCUGAAAUUGAAGAUAAGAAAGAAGCUAAGAGGAGAAAGAAGGGAGAUAAGAAACUGCGGAAGGAGGAAAAACGCCGACGGCGCGAGGAACGGCGUCGCAGAAAGGAAGAAAGGCGUGCAGAGAAGCUGAAAUUGAAGGAUCAUAGGGAGGAAGAUUCUUCUGAGGAUGACCAUGCAGGGAGGAGAGACUCCCAUCCAAGUGAUGAAGAUACUCUGACAGAGCAGAAGAAGCUUGAAAUUGAGUUGAGGAAGAAAGCGAUUGAGUCACUUAAAGCCAAAAAGGGCAUUAAUCACUAAAUUGUUGUGUUUUACAUUAUCAUUCUAUUUCUGUUAAGUUGUUCUUUAUUUGCUAGGAACUUUUCUAUUGAGUUUGGCCACAAUUUAAUGUACUGUCUUUACUGCUGGCAGCUGAAAUGGAUAAAUGAGGAUUUCCUGAGCUGUUCUCAUGAGUGCAACUUUAUGCAGAUGUUGCUGCUAGAUUUACUGAUGAAAAUAUUGUCAGCUAGAUGGCUUGCUUGAGCAGAGACUACAGCGCUUGAAUAAGCUUGAGAGUUAUUCGUGGGUCUAUGGUGUAGGGAAUUUGUUAUAAAUGUGUACAAAUGAAACUCAUUAGCAUUUUAUCAGCAUAUGCUCAUUGUAGCAUUUUCAUGUGUCUAGGUGCUGAAUCUUUUGUUAGUAUUGAUUGCAACUUUAGAAUGGUGUUUUUGUUAAAUACUUGAAUUCCCUUUGUUCAAUGAGCAGAUAGUUUUAGUUUUCA